AUGUCAUUUGGCCUCACUAAUGCACCAGCCACUUUUCAAGCAUUAAUGAAUGAGAUCUUUCAACCUGCAAUAAGGAAAUUCAUACUGGUAUUUUUUGAUGAUAUUCUCAUCUACAGCAAGAGCAUGACUGAGCACUUGGAGCAUCUCAGGUUUACAUUCUCCCUGUUAAGACAACAUCAACUGUAUGAUAAGCUCUCUAUAUGCUGUUUUGGCCAGCCUUCAUUGGAAUACUUGGGACAUAUUAUUACAGUUGCAGGUGUUUGUGUUGAUCCAAGUAAAAUUGCUUGUAUGCAAACUUGGACAACACCCUCCACUCUCAAAGAAUUAAGGGGAUUCCUUGAGCUUACAGGCUACUAUAGGAAGUUUGUCAGGAAUUAUGGAGCAAUCAGUAAACCACUUACUGAUCUUCUAAAGAAUAACUCUUUUCUCUGGACCUCAACAACAACAUCAGCUUUUGAGCAACUUAAGAUAGCCAUGUCAACAACUCCAGUAUUGGCAUUACCAGACUCUACUAAAACUUUUGUGGUUGAAAGUGAUGCUAGUGCUUCAUGUAUUGGAGUUGUAUUACUCCAAGAAGUGGCAGAUUCCCUUUCCAGAAGAUCUCCUGAUUCAGCUCAGUGUAAUUUAUUGGCUGCCUCUACACCAGCAUGGGCUCAUGAAGUACUUUCCAGCUAUACUGAUGAUGAGAUGGCUCAAGGAUACAUAUGCCAGAGCAAAAGCACAUUUUUACUGGCAAGGCCUCAAAAGGAUGUCUUACUAUUUGUGUCUCAUUGUGAUACAUGUCAAAGAAACAAAAGUGACACCACAAAUUCUGCUGGCCUUCUCCAACCUCUCCCUGUACCAGAUUAUGCUUGGCAACAUAUAACAAUGGACUUCAUUGAUGGUCUGCCACCAAGCAACAAGAAGAAUGUCAUCCUAUUUGUGGUUGACAGGCUUACUAAAUAUGCUCAUUUUAUUGCCCUGCAACACCCAUACACUACUUCCUCUGUGGCACAAGUUUUUUUCAAUCAAAUUUUCAAGAUGCAUGGUUUGCCUGCCUCAAUUGUGUCAGAUAGAGACAAGGUCUUUACAAGCAAGUUUUGGACUGACUUAUUCAAGGCUUUGGGCACAUGUUUGAAUUUAAGCUCUGCUUAUCACCCUCAAACUGAUGGUCAGACUGAGAGGGUGAAUGCUUGUACGGAAAACUAUUUAAGUAGCAGGUCAUAA